AUGACUUACCCAAACUUUAGUCUUCAUUCUUUUUAUGCAAAAGGCAUUGUCUGUGGUUGUUACGGAUAUUGUCUAGUUUUAGCAUUGUGUCCCAUAUUUGGAUGGGGUUCCUAUUUGUCAAAUGUUGCCGGGACAUCUUGCGAGCCAAUCUGGGGCAGCCUCGCUUUGAGGGAUAUCACGUUCAACAUUUUCAUGCUAGUGGCUUGUUUGGCAGUUCCUCUUAUCUUAAUCUGUUUUUCUUACUUCAUGAUUUAUGUAAAGGUUAAAAACCAGUGUAUAAGACACGAGGCCAGAAAGAUUCGGAUAACCAAUACACUUCUUUUCAUGAUAGGGCUAUUCAUUCUAUCCUGGUCCCCAUACACUAUAUUUUCUGUGCUUCAAAUGACUGAGAAAAAUUUGACCUUGGACCCGAACUUAGUUGGUAUCCCUGGAGUUUUCGCUAAAUUAUCAGCGCUGUGGAAUCCUGUCAUAUACUUUUACAGGGAAAAGGAAUUUCGCAAUAUGUGUCGAAAACACUUCUGGUGCCUUCCUCAAUUUUCCACAAAGACUCGUAGCAUUGACAUCACUCAUAGAAGAUAUACAAAAAGGAGAUUGUUUUAUUCUCUUUCCAACAAGAUGACUUCAGUCUGAAAACUGAUAUUUAGUGUGGAUUAUAUGAUUUACUAUUUGAUCAUCAAAACAUAAUUCAAAGAAUUAAGAGAAAUUUGAAGACACUGAUGUAUUGUGGUAACAUUUGCCAACUUUAUAUUUCUUUUAAUUUAGUAUUUUGCAUAUUGAGAUAAUUACUUUAAACACCAAAGACACGAAUUUAUGUCUGGAGUCAUAGGUAUAUCCUUACACCUACUGGAUAUCUUCCCAUUCAUGCUUUGUGAAAACCAUUUUGCUGUUAUCUGAAGCUGUAAAAAAUCAUUGAUUUCUGUAGUAUUAGAUUGUUUGUUUUUUAAAUCGAUCUGUAACUCUAAACAUGGAAGAAGAGAUGAA